AUGGGAAGAGAAGUCCAGCUAAGGCCCAAGGCAAAUGUCUCUUCUUAUAUCCACUUUUUGCUGGAUUACAGAAACAAGUUCAUGGAGCAGAAGCCAAACACCCACCUUGGCUUUAAAGAGUUCUCUAGAAAGUGUUCGGAGAAAUGGAGGUCUAUCUCAAAGCACGAAAAGGCCAAAUAUGAAGCCCUGGCUAAGCUCGACAAAGCCCGAUACCAGGAGGAGAUGAUGAAUUACCCUGGCAGGAAGAAGAAGAGAAAGCGGGACCCCGGCGCACCCAGACGACCUCCAUCGUCCUUCCUACUCUUCUGCCAAGACCACUACGCCCAGCUCAAGUGGGAGAAUCCAAACUGGUCAGUAGUGCAGGUGGCAAAGGCCUCGGGGAAGAUGUGGUCAGCAAUGACAGCCUACGACAAGCAGCCCUAUGAACAAAGGGCAGCUUUCCUGAGAGCGAAGUACCAAGAGGAACUGGGCAUCUACCGUAAGGCCAGGAAGAAGAGCCUCCAAAGGUCGGCUAAGAACCGGCGCAGACGGUUCAAAGAAACUGUCAGACGCAACUGA